AUGUGCUAGAGGCCGUUGGCUCUUGUAUGGAGGCCGAGUUAUUGUACAAGCCAAUCACGAGUCGCCGCUUCGACCAAUCAGAUGACAUGCAGUUCUCACUUCCUGUUUCAACAAGGAAUUCAUUAUCGGACAUCCGCCUUUUUACGAGUGGACAUUAAAGGUUAAAGAACUAGUUUUCAUUCGUCAAUUAACCGCUGAGAGGAAGAUCAUGGGGGGAAUCAAACAAGAACAGGGUGAUGCACCCCAACAACCUAGAGCCUCAAACUCAGUCGAUCCUCCACAAGAAGAGCCAAAGAAAAGGGGCUGGCCAAAGGGAAAGAAAAGAAAGAAGGUGCUACCAAAUGGUCCAAAGGCACCAGUAACAGGAUAUGUCCGCUUUUUGAAUGAACGGCGAGAACUUAUGCGGGCCACAUAUCCUGACCUCCCUUUUCCAGAAAUCACCAAAAGGCUUGGAGCAGAGUGGACACGAUUAGCCCCAAAUGACAAACAGCGUUAUUUGGAUGAGGCAGAGCGUGAGAAAAUGCAGUAUGCACAAGAACUCAAGGAAUAUCAGCAGACUGAGGCCUAUCAACUCACAAGCGCAAAAAUACAAGACAAAAGGAUCAAAAAAGAAGACACCUCAUCUGUAAUUGUUAGCACCAAUGCUGGGUCAUCUUUGCCCAAGAUCACUGACGUGCCAAGCAGAUUCGAUAUCCCUAUCUUCACAGAGGAGUUCCUGGAUCAGAACAAAGCAAGGGAGGCCGAGCUGAGACGGCUUCGUAAGGCUAACAUUGAGUUUGAGGAGCAGAACGCAGUGCUGCAGCGACACAUAAAGGACAUGUACAACGCCAAGGAGCGCCUGGAGGCUGAGCUGGGAAAGGACGAGAAGCGCACGCAGGCCCUUCAGCAACAUUUACUGGCCAUCAAACACACACUAGUGAACAGUCUGUCAUCAAUACCUUUGCCAGGCACAGGAGAAACAGCUUCUCUCGGGAACCUGGAUUCAUACCUGGGUCGCCUCAGUGGAGCGAUAGAAGGAAACCCACAGAAGCACCGUGUUCUCCUCACCCAGCUCAGAGAAGUAUUUUCUCAUAUAGACAGUGAGAAGUUGUGAGACCUGAGAGAAGUUUUGAGGACAUUCCUACACAGAGCCCUUCAUUCCCGCUUCACAGAGAUGUAAGGUCAACAGAACUGGUUACAAUUCCACUUAUAGACUAUCUCAGAAAAGAUAGUAACGGCAAUAGUACAAUGACAAACACUAGACAAGACCACUCACGGAACACAUUCUCAUUUCUUGAUUAUGUAUGAGUGUUAUCAUGCUGGGUAUUUUGUUUAAGUCAGUGUGAAUCAGUGUGGCGGUGUUUUUACUCUAUGAAUUUGAUUUCGUCUAAAAUAUUUCUUACAUAUCAAAUCCCAUUAGUAAGUUUGAAUGGACAAUAUGUGGCUCUGUAUUAAAAAAAUACCUGCUGGACUUUGACUUGUAAAAACGCACCAGACUAUCACUCACCUUGCGUUCAGUGCCAGUUUGGCCUGUACUACGUGAGUGUGCUAAACUGGAAGGGAGUAGAGAAAUCAUUUUUAAAGUGUACAUACGAUACAUGUGUGAAUUUACAUUCAUAUUUACAUUCACGAUGUUGUGGGAUCAAUUGGCAUUUUAUCAUUUGUUUAUUGUCUGUCUGUCAGGAACGGGUCUCUCCUGAGAAUAUGACCUCGUGUCUAAGCGAGACUACCUGUAAAAAUAAAGGAUAAUUGGAAAUGAAAUUUGACAGAAUAUUAUAUAUGUUUGUGAAGUAUACUUGUAUUUUCUUAAUGUCCAUUACACCAUUGUUUUAAACAAGGUAUUUGUGUGUAGCACUGCUAAACUACAAACAACAAAUGAAGAAUUUGUUAACUUUGUUCACUUCAUUGUCACGUUUUUGACCUCAGAUUCGUCUCAGAACCUUUUGACUUACUUUUGAAUAUGUACAAAUAGUUGCACACAUACACUUAAUAAAUGUGUACCUUAUGAAUGUGUUAAAUUGAAAUUUUGACAUAAACGGUAGAUAAAAGCUAUAUACAUUAGCAUAUCAUCCUUACUCUAAAAUUAAUUAAGAUGGGUUUAGCAAUUGCGAAAAAGAGAUCGGUUCUCUUAAAAUGUACCUUUUUUACAAAAAAGAAAUGAAUGUAUGAAAUGUUCUAUCGUAUCAUUAUAUCAUCUGCUCUCAUGAUACAGUAUAUUGUAAGUGAAAUGUUUUUUUUCUCCGUUGUUUUGGACUGCACCACAUGUUGUACACCAGCAGAGGGAGAUGUUGUCUCGCAGCACAGAACGUUUUAAACCAGAGUUUUUCUCAAAUUGCAGAAGAAGUUGAUUGACUUUAUGAGGAAACCGAACGUCCCCAGAUCCAGGCUGAUAUUAACACGCUGUAACAAUGUAUCUUUUAAGUCUCAACACUUUAACGACAACUUGACACAGUCACAUGUGUUGGUAAAACUGGCUGCAAUUCAGUCCCAAUCAGAAUCUCAGUGCCAGUCAGUCAGUCUUUCUUUGUCAGUAUUUUUUUAUUGUCAUAAAACAGAUCUGAUUUCA